AUGGACUCCGACAUCAUGGACGAUUCUGUAUUCAGUUUGGACGACGAGUCCGAUGGCUUUGUCCCAGAGACGAAGAAGAAACUGGCGGUAAAGAAGAUGACACAGACAAAACCCAAACCCAAGGCGGCGCCCAAGAAGCGCCCGAAGCUUGACAGCGAUGAUGACGAAGACGGCAUGGGGGACUCUUCCGGCUUCUCCCACACCCCGCCCAGCGCGAAGAAGCAGAAGAAGGCGCCGGCGCCCAAGAAGUCGAGCGGCGAGCCUCUGGCCGAGGUGGAAAACGACAGCAUGGUCGUCGACGCGCCCGCCAAGCCCAAGUCGAACAAGACGGCGACCGAGACGUACCAGAAGCUCACCCAGCUCGAGCACAUCAUCAAACGUCCCGACACCUACAUCGGAUCCGUCGAGAAGACGGAGCAGCAGAUGUGGGUUUUCAACAAGGAGACGACCCAGAUGGAGUACCGCACCAUCUCCUACGUUCCAGGUUUCUACAAGAUCUUCGACGAGAUCCUGGUCAACGCUGCCGAUAACAAGCAGAGGGACGGCUCCAUGAACGCGAUGAAGGUCACCAUCAACCGCGAGACGGGAGAGAUCAGCGUCGAGAACAACGGCAAGGGAAUCCCGGUCGUCAUCCACGAAAAGGAAAAGAUUUACAUUCCCGAGCUCAUCUUCGGCCACCUGCUAGCCGGUUCCAACUUUGACGACAACGAACAGAAGACGGUGGGCGGUCGCAACGGUUACGGAGCCAAGCUCUGCAACGUUUUCAGCACAGAGUUCACCCUCGAGUGCCAGGACAGCACCAACGGCAAGAGAUACAAGCAGACGUGGACCAACAACAUGCAGAAGAUGCUCAAGGCUAAGAUCACUUCGAGCAAGUCUGCCGACUUUGUUCGCGUCACCUUCAAGCCCGACUACGACCGCUUCGGCAUGUCCGAAGGCAUCACCGACGACCUCGAGGCUCUGCUCCACCGAAGGGUCUACGACAUGGCCGGCACCGUCCGAGGCGUCAAGGUCCACCUCAACGGAAACCUGAUCAAGCUCAAGGACUUCAAGUCGUACUGCGACCUCUUUGCCAAGUCCAUUGCCUCGGAGAGGAGCAUGGAGGAGGGCGGCAGCCCGACCUGCACCGUCGAGAUCGACAAGGACAAGGGCCACCCACGCUGGGAGGUGGCCUUUACCGUCUCCGACGGCUCUUUCCAGCAGGUCUCGUUUGUCAACUCGAUCGCGACUACGUCGGGCGGCACGCACGUCAACUACAUUGCCGACCAGGUCACGAGCUCGCUUCUCAAGACCCUCAACAAGAAGCAAAAGGGCCACACACUGAAGCAGAAUCACCUGCGCAAUCACAUCUUCAUCUUCGUCAACUGCCUCGUCAACAACCCCGCCUUCACCUCCCAGACGAAGGAGCAGCUCACGACCAAGGCGAGCCAGUUCGGCAGCAAGUGCGUCCUCGGCGAGGACUUCCUCAAGAAAAUCGCCAAGUCGGAUGCCAUCAAGAACAUCAUGGAGUUUGCCCAGAAAAAGGCCGACAAGAUGAUGUCCAAGAGCGACGGUAGCAAGCGCUCGAGAGUCAGCAACGCGAAGCUCGUCGAGGCCAACUUGGCAGGCACCAGGCGUGGCCAUGAGUGCACCCUCAUUCUCACCGAAGGUGACUCGGCCAAGGGCCUGGCCGUGACCGGACGAGCCAUCCUCGACCCGGACCGCAUCGGCGUCUUCCCGCUCCGAGGCAAGAUGCUAAACGUGCGCGAUGCGUCGAUCGACCAGAUCACCAAGAACCAGGAGAUUCAGAACAUCAAGCAGUUCCUCGGCCUCAAGCACAAACAGGUCUACACCGACACCAAGAGCCUUCGCUACGGCCACCUGAUGAUCAUGGCCGAUCAGGAUCACGACGGUAGCCACAUCAAGGGCCUCCUCAUCAACUUCCUACAGAUCCAGUUUCCCUCCCUGCUCCAGAUCCCCGAGUUCUUUCGCGAGUUCAUCACGCCCAUCGUCAAGAUCUGGCAAGGUCCCAACCCCAAGAAGCCGACCAAGCUGAAGACCUUCUUCACCCAACCGCAGUACGAGGAGUGGAAGGUUGCCCACCAGUCCGAAAUCACCCGAUGGCAGAGCAAGUACUACAAGGGACUGGGCACCAGCAGCCCCGAAGAUGCCCAGGUCUACUUCACAAACCUCGACGAGCACCUGAAGGAGUUCAAGGUCAUGAAGCCCGAUGAGGCCGACCUCUUCGACUUGGCCUUUUCCAAGAAGAAGGCGGACGCGAGAAAGGAGUGGCUGGGCAACUUCAAGCCAGGAACCUUCCUCGACCACUCGACCAAAGACAUCACCUACGGCGAUUUCGUGAACAAGGAACUCAUCCUCUUCAGCAUGGCCGACAACAUGCGAUCCAUCCCCUCCGUUCUCGACGGCCUGAAGCCUGGUCAGCGCAAGGUGAUGCACGCCUGCUUCAAGCGAAACCUCGUCAAGGACAAGAAGGUCGUCGAACUCGCAGGUUACGUCUCGGAGCAGACGGCCUACCACCACGGCGAGGUGUCGCUCCAGCAGACCAUCAUCGGCUUGGCCCAGAAUUUCGUCGGAUCCAACAACAUCAACUGUCUCGAGCCGAGCGGCAACUUUGGUUCCCGACUGGCCGGAGGUUCCGACGCCGCGAGCCCGCGUUACACAUUUACCCGUCUCUCGCCCUUUGCGCGGAAGAUCUUCUCCGCCCUCGACGAGCCGAACCUCAAGCCUCAGUACGACGAUGGGAAGCCGAUCGAACCGACGGUGUACUCGCCCAUCAUCCCCAUGGUGCUCGUCAACGGCGCCGACGGCAUCGGCACAGGCUGGAGCACCACCAUCCCCAACUACCAUCCGAUUGAUAUUGUCAAGAAUCUGAAGCGACGGAUGGGCCGCCUCGACGCCGACGACGCCGAGGAGAAGCCGUUCGAGACGAUGCUGCCGUGGUUCCGAGGUUGGAAGGGCACGCCGGAGCUCGCCGGACCGGAGCGUUACAAGUUCAACGGCGUCGCCUACCAGAACGACCUGAACCCCAACGAGGUCAUCAUUACGGAGCUGCCGAUCCGAGUGUGGACGGACGACUUCAAGGCGCGGCUGGAAAAGGUGAUUAGCGGCGUCGAUGGCCCCAGCUGGAUCAAGGACUACAAGGAGUUCAACGACCACAAGACGGUACACUUCGAGAUUAUGAUCGACGAGAAGCACAUGCCCAAAGUCUUGGAGGAGGGCUUGCUGGAGCGGUUCAAGCUUCAGAAGCAGGUUGCGACGUCGAACUUGGUGGCGUUCGAUUCCAACGGCCAGAUUCGCAAGUACGAAAAGGUCGAAGACAUUCUCGAGGAAUACUACCAGCAUCGCUUCGCCAUGUACGCGGAACGCAAGAAACACUGGCUCGGAGUCUAUCACGCCGACUACCGCAAGCUCAAGAACCAAGCGCGGUUCAUUCGAGAGAUUAUCGACGGCGACUUGAUCGUAGGGAAGAAGAAGAAGAGCGUACUCAUCGACGAGCUCCGCCAGCGCAAGUAUGAGGCCUUCCCUCGUGGAGGGGCGAAGAAGAAGAGCAAGGAGGAAGACGAGGAUGGGUCGGACAAUGAAGACGGUGCCGACGACGACAGCGGAUCAAAGGACUACGAUUACCUCCUUUCGAUGCCCAUCUGGUCUCUAACGGCGGAGCGUCUCAACAAGCUCAACGAGGCGAUCGCCAAGAAGAAGGCGGAGCACGACGAACUCUUGGCCAAGAGCGAGAAGGACCUGUGGUGCGUUGAUCUUGACGAGUUCGUGGUGGAGUGGGAGAACCAGCUCGCGAUCGACGCCGAGAUCCAGACGAGCAUCCGCCGUAUGGGGCGACGCGUGUCCAAGAAAAUUGGUGCAGGCGGCAGCAAAGUGCGCAAGGCCAAGGCCGACGACGACUACGAACCAGAGAAGAAGGGCAAGGGCAAGGCGAAGGCGCCGACCAAGGCGCCGACCAAGGUGGAGACGAAGAGCUCACAGAGGUUUGCGGAGAUGUUUAGCGGCGCCCCGAAGGCGAAGCAGGAGCCCAAGGACGAGGCGGCGGCGGGUCUGUCGGACGCCUUUUCUGACGACGACUUUGCCGCUCUCAGCAGAAACAAGCCGGCGGCGGCGAAGAGCUCGCAGUCUCGGUCCGUGUCACGGCCCAAGGACGAAUCCGAGGAGCCGGAGGCGGUCGGACGCACCAAGCGAGUGGCGGCGUCCAAGGCCAGGACGCUCUUCGAGGUGUCCUCGGACAGCGAUGGCAUGGAGGACGACGACGACGAGAUGCUCGGUGACAUUGGCGCCAUGGUGAAGGGCAUCGGCAAAACCGAGGAAAAGUCCGGCGGCCGACUGAGCCUGUACGCGAUGAACCGUCCGGAGAGCAGCGGCACAUCGAGCGGGCUGCCGAAGAUGAAGACGAAGGCGUCGAAGUCGACGUUUGACGUUGACAGCAUCGACGACACCAACUACGAGAUGCUGGCCAAGUCGUCGCCCCAUAAGACGGCGACAAAGGAUAACGAUGAUGACGACGUGGUCGAUGACUUCCUCUCCGACGAGGACCUCGUGGUGCCCCCGAAGGCACCAUCGUUCAAGGCAGCGGCUGUGCCGGCCAAGGCAUCGACCUCGACGGCCUCGAACUCGGAUACCGGCCUGGCGGUGGUGAAGAAGGCGCGCGGCCGUCCAGCGGGCGCGAAGAACAAGCCCAAGGCCGAGCCCAAGGCGAAGGCGAAGGCGGCGCCCAAGGCGACGACGCUCUCCCCCGCGGCCAAAGCGUAUGCAGCCAAGAAGGCGGUGAAAAAGAGCGUCCUCGAUUGGGACGACUCCGACGACGAGAUGGCAGCGGAUCCCCCAUCACCGGUGGCGGCCAAGCCGACGGCACGAGCGAGGCCAGGACGGGCCGCGGCUGUGAAACGGCGGGUGGUGAUUGACGAGGAAGACUCCGUCGUGCAGGAAGAUGACAGCGACGACGAUCCGUUCGAGGUCGACGAUGACGACGACUAG